UUACCAUAGGUCAUUGUAACCUGGAAUCUGCCACUGUGAAUUCAAAGCAUCUCAUUCUUAUGGCAGAUAUGUAGACCAGGAAACUUGAAGCAAAAUGGAUGCUACUUGUGAGUAGGAUGCUUAAUUGGCCCCGGGAAAAAUGCAGAGCUGGUGUAACCAUUGUCUAUCACUCGAUUCUCACCCUACUUGUUGUUAGCAAAAUCUGCCCUUUUACCUCAGUUUCAGUACAGCUUAGGAAUCUGUGAAGGCGGGGAGAAAGGGAAGCCUUAAGUUGUGUCAGUUGGUAAAAUUUAUAUGCUGAAAAUCAUUGGUCAUCACAAAAACACAAUCAAGUCAGCUAAUAAAUUUGACAGACAGAAAAUCUGGGGAGUAAUAUACCACCCUGCGUGGAGGAUUUCCAAAUAGAGCAAUUCAGAUGAUCCUACUAAAUUGUGUCCUAAGCUGUGUGGAACAACAGUAACAGCAAAAAGGGUGGCAGCCUUGUGCAGGAAGCUAGCAGGUGUAAGUCAGGUUAAAGUACACCAGCAGGAGGAUGGCACAGGCUGGCUAAAGGUGAUUAUGACAGUAAAGUACAAGGAGGGCGUUAUUCCCAAUCAAAUGGAUCAAGUUAAUAAGUAAUUCCAGGAAGUUACCAAGGUUCUUAAAAAUGCUAAGUAGAUAGCAACAGAUGAAGAAUACCUUACAGUACGACACAAAGGCCAGCCAAAGACUUGUCCGGCAUCAACAUGAAUGAAAAGAGCACCGUUUCACCAAACCGUCCAUCGAGAUGCCCUGAUAAUACUGCAUAUAAACAACAGAGACUCCCAGCCUGGAAGCCCCAGCUCACCCCAGAGCUCGUCCUCCCCAGUUUCUUUAUCAUUAGCCUCUUCUGCCUUGUGAUGGGAAUUGUACUUCUAUUGGCUGCGACAAGAGUCAAAGAAUUAAAGAUUAAUUAUUCCGAGAUAUGCUCACAUUGUUCAAAGCUGCGUGAAAACUCGUCAAACUGGGAGAAGGAAUGCCUGUGUUUCACCAACUUCACACUUCAGGAAAACAUGCAGGGUGAUAUCUUCAUGUACUAUGGAUUGCAUAAUUUUUAUCAGAACCAUCGUCGCUAUGUCCUUUCCAGAAGUGAUGCACAACUAUUGGGUCGGAAGGCAAAUAUUCAGAACAGCAAUUGUGCACCUUUUGCAACUUAUGAAAACGGGACACCUAUAGCUCCAUGUGGUGCAAUUGCAAACAGCAUGUUCAAUGACACAAUACAGCUGUUCUACUAUCCUGCUUCUGUAAAGGCUGUCAAAGUCCCACUUCUGAAGCAAGGGAAUGCCUGGUGGACAGAUAAAAAUGUGAAAUUUCACAAUCCAUCCGCACACAACUUGUCUUCUGCAUUUGAUGGCACAGCAAGACCACAUUACUGGCAAAAGCCAGUAUAUUUAUUAGAUAAAGAAAACCAAGAGAACAGUGGCUACACAAAUGAAGACUUUAUCAUCUGGAUGCGUGUAUCAGCCUUUCCUACGUUCAAGAAUCUUUACCGUCGCCUCAGUCGCACCAGGCAGUUUGCAAAUGGGCUCCCAGCAGGGACGUAUGGGCUACAAAUAUCCUAUAAUUUCCCAGUUUCAAAGUUCAAAGGAGAAAAGCAGGUGGUCUUCUCAACAGUAACAUGGAGUGGAGGAAGAAAUCCUUUUCUGGGAAUAGCUUACACGGUUACUGGUGCAGUGACUCUGCUGGCAAGUUGCAUCAUUACAGUAGCUCACUUGAAAUCCAGGGGGAAACCCAACAAGGGACUAUAGGACAGUUCCCUUUACUUGAUGAAAAGUUAAAAGUACAAGCGCCCUGCCAAGCCAGAGACCAGAAAUGAGAAAUAUCUAAAUUUCCUUCUCGAUUCUCAGCACACCAUCAUUGCCCUUAAACCAGGACUCCAAAAGACAGUUUUGGAUUUGAGAACCUUGUUUAAAGGCAAAUGAUGGUUUGCUAAAAUCACUCUGCAGGUGGAGCAUAGAUGGAGUGGCAAACCAUGGUUUACGCAGAACACAGGCGGAAGUUUAGAAACUGCAAUAUGCGAAGGAAGGAGUCCGUGAAGUCUCGGCUCAUGCAGCAAUGGGCUGAGUUCCUGUCUGAAUUCAUCUACUACUUAGUAUAAUGAAUGCUUGGCUAGGAACUGCGCCAGUACAUUUGGUCUGAUGAAUGUUUACAGCUAGGUUAAAAGUUCACACAAGUUCUCAGGUAACAGCCAUGUGGAUCCCUGGCCUCUUGCACAUCCUCCGCAGCAGUGACUCUGUUCCCGAAAGUGUCAUAGGCAGAACAGCAUGUUGCAAGAAAUGUAGAGUUUAAAAAGGAAGAAACUGUCAGUGCAUGUAGUGUUACACAUGAAUCUGCUCAUUAAAAUGUCUAUUUCCAUUAGUUCAUCUUUUGUAUUGAAAAGCUCUGUACUGAAAUUAUAUACAGCUUUCCCAAACACUGGCUUCUGUGAGAUUAAAGAGUGAUUUAUUUCGCAGCAUGCAGUGGCAUUUAUACACUUCAGGAGAUACAGCAAUAAAUGGCACCACAGCCAGCUGCCACCAGGAGGGAAUUUUAAAAAGCGCCAGGCAAUGUGCAAAUUAGAAUUAAAGCAAAAAAGUUGCAGUUAAAUCCGUCUUGUAAGAAAUGCUCUGUGGAUUUUAAUGACAAAGGAAGGAGACAUGCUGGGUUUUCUUGGUGCAAGGUUGUGGGGCUUUAGCUCCACAUGCGCUGUGCAUUCUAAGUUAGUCUUGUGCUAUAUAAUUCUCAGCAUAGUGGUUAAGAGUGUCAGAGCAGACCUGCUGGAUUCAUUCUGCCCCAGCAACCUGCCACCCAAUAGCCAGUCAAAUGCUUCCAAGAUGCCCCCAUGAAGACAACAGCCCCCACACUACGCUAUUUGUGAUCAACUCCCGCCCGGAACCAAUGUCCCCACUGUGGAAGGAUGUGUGGAUCCAGAAUUGGCCUCUACAAUCUCUUACGGACUCCCUGUUAAGACCGUGUUCAUGGAAGACAAUCUUACUCGGCUACGAGUGAUCACCAAAGUAGAUGAUUUGCCUAACUAGCAACAGGUAUUUAGAGGAAUGCUGUUUCUGAACCUGGAGCUUCUAUUUAGGUGACCAUCACUAUAUAGACCUAAUCUCAGUAGAUUUAUCUAAGCAUGUGGCUAUCAGCAUACACUGGUACCUCUUGGUUACGAACUUAAUUCGUUCCGGAGGUCCGUUCUUAACCUGAAACUGUUCUUAACCUGAGGUACCACUUUAGCUAAUGGGGCCUCCCGCUGCCACCAGCGCGCAAUUUCUGUUCUCAUCCUGAGGUAAAAUUCUUAACCCAAGGUACUACUUGCAGGUUAGCGGAAUCCGUAACCCAAGGUGUUUGUAACCCAAGGUACCACUGUAUUUUAUGGCAGUAAAUUAUGUAAAUUAGGCGUUCUGUGAAGAUGUACUUAACAGAACUCUAGUUACAGGUAGGUAGCCGUGUUGGUCUGAGUCGAAACAAAAUAAAAAAAAUCCUUCAGUAGCACCUGGUCGUUAAGGUGCUACUGAAGGAAUUUUUUUAUUAACAGAACUCAUCUGUCUGAUACCAUUGUUCCAGUAUUAAUCAAGGAGGGAAAAUGGUUCACUAAGAUAACUCAUUUCAGGAAUUAUCAGUGCUCUUUUAACGGUGUGAUAUCAAGAGGGGCAGCAAAGGUGAGGCAGAUGGGGUAGAACAGCACAAGCCUCUUUGCACAAGCAAGCAAUAGGAUUGGGCUGCUCCAAAUCAUCUAAACCAGGCAUGUCCAAACAACUUUGACCCACCCACCCACCCCCCCAAAAAUUGGGCCUUCCUAAAAAAAGCUCAACAACUUUGACCUGACCCCCCCCCAAAAAAAGGGGUAGAUCACUCCCAGUUCUUAACUCUGUGAGUAGAUCGCAGUCUCUUGGGAGUUGGCCACCCCUGAUCUAAACACUGUAUAAGUCUGUUGUGUCGUGUCUUACCUGCAUAUUGCCACUGAGGUUCUCUUGUCCACAAACAGUACCCCCAAGAUAAAUCAGGACUGUUCUAUCUGACGAACAGAAAGUGCUUGUCAAAAUGUAGGUGUAACUGACUCUCCCAUCAGCUGGGAUAUUCAGCAACAUUAAGCUCCAAAAAUCAAUCUGCUUGCUUUUCCUGUACAAGAAUCAUGAGUUCCACAUUGUGCAUUUUAUUAAAAGGUUUUAACACAUACAUUAAAAAAUUGCUAUUCAUAUUAUCUAAAUUCUAGCAACAUAUACAGAGUGACUACAGAACAUGCUGAGGUAAGGAAGUACAUUCUAGGAAAACAGCCACUCGACACUUAUUUGCGCCCAUCUCACCUGCACUAACCGAGUGACCCUCUGUAUACCUUGAGACAAUACCAACGGUGGGCCUAAACCACAAAACACUUAGUGUGAUACUUGCCUGUGCUGUGUGUCUUACAUUCAGGAAUCAAUAAGUUAGUACCUAAAAUACAGGGCAGAAAAUCAAGAAAGCUGUUUUCAUCUAAUUGGCCAUUUAAUUUUGAUACAUUCAAUUGCUCACACCAUUCCUGUUAUACUGUUGUAAUAUUUUAUGUGCUGGCAAGCUUAAAUCUGCAAUGUACAGUGGAGGUGGAUUUGCUUGUACUAAGGUUUGUGGGUUUGGAUACCUGCAAGACUUCGAACUAAGCAUAUACACUUGUGUGCACAAUUCCAGUAACAGGCAGCUUUGAAAAACAGCCCUACCGUGGCUUUUGGUAGUCUCUUGUACGUACACUUGUCAAUUUUUGUAAGAAACAUCACACAUACACAAUUCUAUACUUUGGCGUGGUACAAAUACACCAAGCCACUCUAACUGGUGCAACAUUCAAGUUAAAACACUCAGAGUGCAACCCCUAUAACAUGUUUAAUCAGAAAUGAGCCCCAUUCAGUUCACUGGGCUUACAACUAGGGAAGUGGGUACAAGAUUGCUGCCUAAUUUUCCUUUAAAGAUAACUACCACCUGUUUAGAAUCUGAGCAGAAAAUAUGCUUCUAAGAAGAAUUUUUUAGUAUCUAGGAAACUUGGGUUGUGUUCUAUUCCACUAGACAUCUGGAAAUCAGCUAGGAUUAUUUUCCUGUUGCUUUUCUGCCAUUAAUUUUAGAGUUUGACAUAGUUUACUUUGCUAUUUUUAAUGUAGCAUUUGGUAACAUAUGCAGAAGAGUGAUUUGUAAAUACUGUCAAUAAAUAAAGGUAAUAGUUUUUUAGUUCUGUUUACAAGUAGUUUGCUUGAUGUGCACCACUGAAUCCAAUUACAAUAUCAGGUUUUUGAAGAAUUUAGGGUUCUGAUUCCAAUUUGUAACCAAGAAGUGAUUUAUAACCAAGCUAAGGAACUAUGUGUUGACUGGCAGCUGUGCAAGGUGCACGAGUGCUACCAUCUGAACUUAAGAGAGUUAAUCCCUUGAAUUUUACUUCCAGAAAUGAAUCACCUUUUGGCAAUGGUGGGAGCUGGGAAUCACUCUGUUGCAAAUGUGCUACUUCUACAGUAUGGUUUUCAAAGAUGCAGAUAUGUAAGAGUAGGACAGCCGAGUCUAGAGACCCUAACAGAGAUAGACAAUGACGCGAUUAGGGUGUCAUAUAUUCAACACAGAUUUUGUUGAAUCCAAUCUGGCAGAUAUGUACCCAUAUCCAUUGGACCAAACGAAGCAAGAAAUUAUAGAAUAGAGUCUACAUAUACACAUAUUCUGAACAUUUUCUUAGGCCACACAUUUAGCCUUGGUGUACCGUAGUUUACAGAAUAAAAAUAAGUUAUGUUAUCACUCUUAUAAAUAAACAAAAUAUAAAUGGAACAAAGCACAAGAGUGGACCAGCAUGCCAUACUGCUGAAACUAAGUACAGUGGUGCCUCACUAGACGAAUUUAAUUCGUUCCACGGGUCUUUUCUUAUAACGGAAAAUUCGUCUAGCGAAUCCCAUAGGAAUGCAUUGAAA